AGUAGUAGACUAGUUGGCUGUGGUGUGUGGGAAUCACAUCGUAGACAAUAGGCGACGGGUGUGCAACAUCACAGAUAGAUCGCCGCUAAAGAGUUUACGUGUGGUCUAUUUUUGUUUGCAGUUUUUUGUGCCUCGUCCGGAUGAUGCGUUUUCGUUUGGGCACGUUCUUUUUUCGCGCUCAAAGCAACAGCUCCGAGGAUUCAUCCUGGGCAUCUGGCUCGGAUGUCUGAUGGGUCUCAUCGUCGUGCAGCAGACCGCCGGCAAGGUCUAUAUCCCCAGCCAUCUAGCGAGGUAAGCAUCCCCCCCCCCAUUACAUCAAACAGAUGGAUGGACCCACUAUUGCUCUUGCAACAUCUCUCUUUCUUUCUCGCGUCUUGCAUGAAUACAACACCACAACACAAAUGCGCCAAUCUGCGUGAUGUUACCGGACAAUCGACAAAAAAGAAGAGGACCGUCCUGGAAAUAGAAAAGAAUGUUCCGGUCCGACCCAGUCAGCACCCUCCCGCAGCGGCAUCCCACUUCGCCCUUCUUUCGGUCAUAAAAAAAAUAAUGCGCCAGGGCGUAUAUCCCUUCGCAGCGAAUCACAAUCCAGAUAAUCUCAACAUGUUCUGGGACGAAAAAGGGCGUGGAUGGCAUUGCGCCGGAAGGGGGGAGGGGGUUGUUAUCUCCGAUGUCCUUGCAUUGCAUCCAUCGUUGAGCUACCACACAUAUACGCCCAUCCAUCGACAAUGAUCAGAGGUGUCCAGCUGUGUACCCGGGCCAUUUAGCUUCCUUCCAUCGCCUCCAUCUGCAUGCACCGUGCAUCAUACACACACACAUCAGCUACCAGACAGGAACCACAUCCCUAUCCACAU